AUUGCUUUAUUCCAUUUCGAUUCGUAAAGUUGUCGACGUCGUCGCGAGGUCGGGUCGUCGUUUUCUCGGACAUUUCUAUCCGCGCGCUCCGCGAUCGGGAGGCAAUUAAAUUUCCGCCAGCAGCAGCGAAUCGUAGACAACAAACUCCGGGACAGUUCGCGUGGUGUUCCCGAAACCCGAAAGUUAGAAACAUGGACUCGGAAAUUCCGGAACUUUCCGACGAAGCCGAAGAACAUGUCAAACUUGAAAAUGGCGAUGAGGUUGCCUUACCCCCACGUACACGACUUGUAACGGCCGAUGUUCAGUCCGGCAAUACGGUAGUUCAGGUGCCGGUUUCCUUACCAGUCGGCACCCUAAUAGGUGGAACCACUUUCAACGUACUCACACCGGAUCAAAUCCAACAUUUCAAACCGAUGAUUUGCGUAGAUAAUAACGGUUUCGUAUCGGGCAGUACUGUGGUUGGGGAUCUUGGCGGUGAUCUCAAACCAACCCACAUCGUGAUUCAACAGCAAGGAACAGACCAACAGCAGGUCAGUGCCCUCCAUGACGAUCAGUCGAUGGUUGAUCAACAGUCCCAGUCGGAAUACCGCGUCGAAACGGGCAGUAGUCUUGCCGAUAGACUGAGCAAUAUAGAUGUCCUUCCGGUACGAUGCAAAACCACGACUGGUGAUUUGUACAAAAGCAAGUUGGGUUCCGGGGGCCGCGGUCGCUGUAUCAAACACAAGGACGACUGGUACACUCCAAGUGAGUUUGAAAACCUUUGUGGCCGUGGGUCGAGCAAAGACUGGAAACGAUCGAUUCGUUACGGAGGCCGAAGUCUACAAGCACUGAUUGACGAAGGCAUACUGACACCGCAUGCCACUAGUUGCACCUGUUCAGCUUGUUGUGAUGACGAGUCCGGUAAGAAUGCUUUUCCAGCUGCUACUGGACCUGUACGAUUGUUCACUCCAUACAAACGUCGCCGGCGCAAUCAAAUGGAUCCUGAGACCCCGGAGAAGAAAAAGCGAAUAAUUGUAAAUAACAAUACAAAUACCAGUAAUAAUAACAUCCACAUCAACAACAUGAACAGUACUAUAAGUAGCAAUACAAGUACGACAACUACAACGGUCAACCAACAGAAUGCUAGUAUCAGUCAUCACCAAGCUACUCAACAACAGCAGCAACAACAACAACAGCAACAACAAGUUCAGCAACAACAGCAGCAAGUUCAGCAACAUGUGCAACAACAGCAGCAGCAGCAGCAACAACAACUUCAACAAGUUCAACAGCAGCAACAUCAAGUGCAGCAGAUUCAUCAGGCUACGGCUACAAUCAAUGCAACUCCGAUAAUCACCAACAACACGAGCACAACCACGACAACAACCACCGUUAAAGUAGUGCAACAAGAGCAGCAAGAAAUUGAGAAUGAACUCGCAAUCAGCACCAAAGACGAACCAUGGCAGGCACUAACGGAAGGCAUGGAAAGUGCUACGGAAUACGUUGAUCAGUCAACUCAAUUGAUAACGGAAACGAAUCUCCCCUACGAGAAGCUGAAAGCUCUGUGUUCGCAGGUGUCCAAAGCCAUGCAAGAGAUGAAGAAAUGCAUCGUCGAGGCUCGGGAAGUGCACAACCGCCAGUUGGAGCGAUUACAGCGGGAACGAGAUGCUGCGAUCCUGACCGUAACGCAGCUCGAAGAGCAGAACAGCAUCAAUAGUCAAUUGCCGCCAGGAUCGGUUCACGCCAACAAGAAGUGCGCAAACUGCAAUCGAGAGGCCCUAGCCGAAUGUUCUCUGUGUCGGAGGACUCCGUACUGUUCGACAUUCUGUCAACGAAAAGACUGGAUCACUCAUCAGAACGAGUGUGUGCGAAGCACUCAGGAAGCAACGCACCAGAUCAUGCUGAUAGUGGACGAAACUCAAUAACCCUUGAUCUUCUAAUUGCGACCAACUGCUGACCGAUCGCUGAAGGUGCAACGAAAACGAAUCAACCAAACUAAGAUGGAAGUGAUGUGCUUGCCAACAUUAGCGGACGGCAUCAGUACCAGCACUUAGUGCGGGUAUGUUUUGCCUGUUGGUCGGCGAAAGGCGUCGGUGCUUUCGGAGCGAUUCCGCCAACUUCGAAGGUCGCAAUUAAGAAGAAACAAUGAGGGUGUAUCAGUGGGAGGGAUAUAGAGAAGGAAAUUAAGAGGAAACCACAAGUGAGGCGGAACGAAUGAUGUAAAGCAAAGCGAUUAUCCUAUUACCUAUUUUUAUAAUUCAAUAGCAAAAUUUGAACAUAUUAUUUCAUAGUUUUGAAAAGUGAAUUGCUAUGAAUUCACGCGCUAAAUGGGACUUACUGGAAGGUAGGGCAAGGAAGGCUCUACUCCAAACUGAUAGCCACUCUUUUGUUUUGAUUCUUUAGCCAAAUGCGGAAGUACAUAUAUUUAAUUGAAAAGUAGUUUGUAUUUAAGACGAGAGUAAAGUUAGAAAGAAAUUUAUUUAAAACUACCGACUAUUGAAAUGAAAAUAAUAAUAAGAGAAUCAAACUCUUCAGUUUUAUACAUUUGUUUUAAUUUGUUUAUAUCACAUCAUUUGUUUUGUUGCCGUUCAUAUUUUUUAAGAAUAUUGUUAAGUUUUUUUUUAUGUUUAUUAAUUAUUUCUGCAAUACAAUAAACUUUUUUUUAAAGUAACGUUAGCUUGUUGUUUCAUUUAUUAUUUUAAAUUUAACUUCAUGACUGACUUCGUGGAAUGAUUUUGUGUAAUCGGUAGAUAAGGUGGGUGGAACAGCGAAUUUCUUUUUUGAACGGAGUUGAUUAUUGUUUAUUUGUAUUUUUCAAACAGUACUUUAAAGCCAAGCAGAGUCAGUACUCCUUAAAGUUAUGAAACGAAUUGUUCUUUUUAGGAAGGAGCCAUCUAACAUAAAUGUAUCAACUCUUUUGAAGAGUUUUCAAAAAGUUUUCGUACAAUAAUUGUGUCGUAGCUAAACUAUGGAAUGUAAAUCAACCGUUUUGAUGGAUAUUCUCAAUUUUGUUCAUGUAAUUUCUAACCGACUUCUAUAGGAAGGUUUUCAUCAUUUCUUUAAUUUUGAUGGCAAUGUUUAUUACUCUGUACACCAGAUGUGGUAAAUUUUAAAACAUUUUGUAGAACUUCUCUGACGUAAAUAUAAAAUCAAUUUUUUAAAACAAAGGAUAAGCACUGUGCUGCAAUAGCAUAAGUCUGAUGAGUUUCAGUUAAGUAAAUAUUUUUUUGAGAGUAUCUAUCGAAAUUCUAAAACUUUUCCAUCGACCAAAACGAUAGCUAAUCAUUUGUACAUUUUCCAAAAAGAAAAACAAUCGACGUUUACGGUAAAAUCCAAUUAAAUUAAUUAUCAUAACGGAAUGCUGACUAUAUCAAUUUCAUAAUUCAACUAUAGAAUAAGUCUUGAUUGAAAAUUUGGGAACAAAAAAAAGGUUCUAUGAUAUGCAAAGAUACAUAAAUUACAAAAUUUCUCUAACGCGAGGCAAAUUUGUAUACAAAAUACUGUGUAGACCGGUGGUUCAUGUUCAGUCCAAUGUCAGUGUGAAGAAUAUCGGAAUAUCCACGAAAAUUCCGUGGUUGUAUCCUAUGAAAUCAGCAAAAUGGCAAAAUUUCUCCUGUAUGCGCACGGGCAUAUCGGAUACCGUGUGGUGAGAAAACCAUUGUCCUGGGAAAUGUGGAAUCGUAAAUUAAAUAUACAAUUCAGUGUAA